AUGGCCACCAGUGGUCCCAAAUCCGGCUUCAUGGGCAACUUGACCAGUGAUCAGGAGGCCAAACUCCAGAAGUUAUGGUCGGUGUUCCUGAAAGCAGCCGAGUCGCCCGCCGACGAAGAAGAACCUUCCAAGAUCUCGGUGGAAGUGCCGAACGGUCCCACUCCACCACAGCGUCGACACUCUCUCCUUGGACGUACCCAGACCAAUCUGUCCGAGAAGACGUCGGCGACCGUCACCAUCUCGGCAGGUCAGGAAAAAGUCCUGUCAUACCUCAAAGAAAUGGGUACAGGCGCCCAGGAGACCAAGAUGAUUCAGAAUUCUCUGUCACAGAUCUCUUCACUCGAGCUACGGCAGGGGGUUUUGAAUCUGCUGAAGCAUGACAACCCCGAUGCCAUGCUACUUCGAUUCCUUCGUGCCCGCAAGUGGGACGUUCCCAAAGCCUUCGCCAUGAUGAUGGCCGCUAUCGUUUGGCGGGUAAAGGAGAUGCACGUAGACGACGAUGUGAUGGCCAAGGGCGAAUUGCACGCCUUACACCAGGAGCACAACGCAUCCACUGCAGUCGAGAAGAAAGCCGGCAAAGAUUUUCUCGCCCAGAUGCGGAUGGGGAAGGCGUUCGUGCACGGCACAGACAAGCUUGGGCGACCAAUCGUGGUGAUCAAGGUUCGCUUGCAUAAACCAGGGGCUCAGAGCGAGGAGACCCUGGAGAGAUUCAUCGUCCAUGUCAUUGAAUCAGUCAGGUUGACUCUUUCGCCUCCAGUGGAGACAGCGGCCGUGGUGUUCGAUAUGACCGGAUUUGGGCUUUCAAACAUGGAGUAUCCACCCGUGAAAUUCAUCCUGAAAUGCUUCGAGGCAAACUACCCUGAAUGCCUCGGAGUUCUGCUUAUUCACAAUGCGCCUUGGGUUUUCUCAGGAAUUUGGAGAAUAAUUCGCGGCUGGAUGGACCCAGAUAUUGCUGCUAAAGUGAAUUUUACCAACAACGUCAACGAUUUGACCAAAUUUAUUGCUCGCGACCAGUUGGUCGAGGAGCUUGGUGGAUCCGAGAAGUGGAAAUACAAUUACAUCGAGCCCGACGAGAACGAGAAUCAUCGAAUGUCAGAUACAACGACUCGAGAGGCACUCCUGCAAGAGCGACACCAGAUCGGCGAAGAGUUCUUGUCCGCGACCUCGGACUGGAUCCAGGCUAGUAGGUCCAAGGACGUGAGUAAAGUGCAGUCUGCGCAGAGUCAACGAGCAUAUUUGGCAGAAAGGCUGAGAGUCAAUCACUGGAAGGUCGACCCUUAUACCAGGGCACGACUGUGUCUUGACCGGGAGAAUGUCAUCCAGGAAGGUGGAAAGAUCAAUUUCUACGCCGGGCCGGAUGACAUGGUUGAGACCAAGCCUGUUGACAUUAGUAAAGACUCCGAGGUACAGCACCUUGAAUCUUUGCGCAUAACAUCUGAAGGGGCAACUGCUUGA